UUGGCCAUAUUUAAUAUUUGUGUUAGUCAUUGGCCCCCAUUAAAAAACUUUUAAAAACAAGGCACCACUGUACAACUAAUACUAAAUACCAGUAUCAAAUUCGUCUUCCAACAUUCAAGGCCACUUCCAUAAAAUUUCGUUGUUAAACAGUCUGCCAUUUGCGUGCUACAACUCGUUGUUAACAGGUCUCUCAGUCAUGUGUAGUAUUAGUUAGAUUUCUAAAGUAUUUGCUAAGGGCGACUACAUUUUGGUGAGGUUUCUUCAUGUAACGUUGUAUAUUGGUCGAGUAACAGUUUUGAAGUUUCCUUGUUGCUUCUUCAUGACCUUUAACCAUAACCAGCACAGCAUUAUCACCAGCAAAGAUUAUUUUGAGAAACGCUUUCUGUAGAUCCACAACUAAGAUGCUUAGUAAUCCCACCUCACGAAUCUAAGGCACCGCCAGAAUUGCUCGCGCCCAGACAUCACACCCGAAAUCAAAAUGUAAUUUGGCAACUGCCUCAGAUUUGGUUUAAGAACAAAAUUUUUCUAACCAAUGGGUGCCAACAUGGGUAAAAACGCAUCCCUCCUCGAUGCUCUACCUUCUGGUCAGGGCACGCUCCAUGUCGUCAUGCUGGGCCUAGACUCAGCCGGAAAAACGACGGCCCUGUAUAGGCUAAAAUUCGAUCAGUAUUUGAACACUGUACCUACUAUCGGAUUCAAUUGCGAAAAGGUCAAGGGAAUGAUUGGAAAAGCUAAAGGUAUAAACUUUCUGGUUUGGGACGUCGGUGGCCAAGAAAAACUGCGACCUUUGUGGAAGUCCUACACCCGCUGCACGGAUGGCAUCGUCUUCGUCCUGGAUAGUGUCGACAUGGAGCGUAUGGAAGAAGCCAAAAUGGAACUGAUAAGAACUGUCAAAGCUCCAGAAAAUUUCAGUGUCCCUAUCCUUGUGCUCGCCAAUAAGCAAGAUCUACCUGGUGCUCGAGAACCGCGCGAAUUAGAAAAACUGUUGGGGUUGACUGAGUUGGGUAAUGGGGGAGCUCCUGGGGGACAUUUAUGGCACGUGCAACCAGCUUGUGCCAUAACUGGUGAUGGAUUACACGAAGGAUUAGAAGUGCUGUACGAGAUGAUUUUGAAGAGGAGGAAAUUGGCGAAAGAAAGGAAGAAAAAGGGAAGAUGAAGUUUAGCGUUGUGAAUGUUUGGGCUCAAUUUAUCGAUGGUAAGGGUCGAGUUGAUCGGACUGGAAUUUUAUCCGAGAUACGGUUGUGUUAAACUCAAUAACUGAUGUUGUGAUGCAGCUUUUCUAGGUGUAGAACUUCGAUUUGAAUACAGAAGUUUUUUAAUAUCGGCUAUUUUCGCUAUUUUUACUAUUAAUGUUAAUUGCUGUUGAAACUUAUGAACCAAAUAAUCAAGGCAAUUUUAGACCAAUGAUAACCUGUUAAAUGUUGAAUUUUGGUUAUUGGCUAAAUUAAAUAGAACUCAUUAGAUUCAAAAAUGGAUCUUUAAAUGUCUACGUAACCGAUCUGAAUGUCCUUUAUUGAAUUGAUUUUAUCUUUCUAUAUUCAGUUUAAUUUAAUUUAGCCAAUUUUACUGUAGAUAUGCUUGAUUCCCGAUUUUGUGAUUUUGCAGACUGAGUUUAAUAAUAAAGAAACAAAACCUUCCUCUAUCGGAAUGUGCAGAAAAUGUACUAAGCCAAUGAUUUCAUAGGUUGAUUAAAAAAAUAAACGAAUUCUACAAGGUACAAAAUUUUAAAAUGAGUCAAUUGGUAGUUAUUUUAAGAGAAUGAAAUAAUUUUGGAACAUAUAUACUGAUAAAAUAACAUCCGACGAAUUUUCUGGACAUUUUCCAGAGACAAUGAAAUUGCGUAUACCAUAUUUAGUUUAAUAAUUUAUAUCUAAAAGCCUAUUUAUAAACUUGUUAUUGGCAUUUGACAUUAAAAUCUAAGGCCACAGUUAAAAUUGCCGUUGUCUUUUGGCGUUUAUGGCAGUAGUAUGUCUUUGCCAUUUAUUUUUAUCUUAAAAUUCUUAUUUUUAUCGUUGUCGUUUAAGUUUACCAUUCCUUGGCACUUAGUAGAUGGCGAACUAUAGAAAAUCAAAAAUAAGAUUAUAUAAAACUUAAGAUCAUAUAAUACAGUAAGCACCCGACACGAAGAGAUAAAGCAAAAAAGUGAUUGUUGGGGUGCAAUAGCAAUAGCCAAUCAAGUAGUGUUCUAGAGAUCUUCCAAAAUUCAUUAUCUUAUAUUUUUCUCUAGAGCUUAUUUCCAACAGGCACACUCUUCAAUUUUUACCUUUUUCUACUCUACAAUUCCAGUGUCAACUUCUGGGCAACAAAAUGAUUUUUGUAUUAACUUGGAACGCACUUUUAUGUAUUAUUGUAUUAACUUGAAACACCUUUAUUUUCUACGUAAUAGUCUAAGACAAUAAUUCGAUAUAAAAUAAUCGUUAAGAACAAUUAAAACUCGUACCCGGAACAGUUGUGAAACCGCGUGUAAAACGGCAUAUGUGUUUAAUCAAAACGCGAUCAGUGAUCAGUGACAUAGGACUUGGUAAGACUUUUAUAAACUUAUAAUAUUGUCUGUUUAUCAUAUUUCUUUCUUAAUUCCACUUAAACCAGUAACCUCAUACAGUAAGCAAACUCUAAAAAUAUAUAUUAAUUAUUUCAUAUAAUGUAAUGCCUCCAUUAUACAAACUAUAUAAGUCAAAUGUAAAUUUCUCAUAUUGCUUUUAGUCCAGCAAUUUUUCUUUUGCAUAUUAUCUCUAAACACAGUGUUAUUCCUGAACACUCAUUACAAGUGUCAUCACUGAUAAUACCUAACAAAUAAUAAGGGAAACAAAUCCAUAUAAUUUAAUUCGUAGUAUCUGGUGCUUACUUGGCGAGAAUGGUGAGAGAAUAAUGCAUUUUAAAACACUUAUCGCCAUAAACACCAUGUUUUGCUUUUACUGCUGAUAGCAAAAGUUCUAAGCGUGACUAAAUCUGGAGCUAAGAGAAAAGCAUGGCAAUUCUGACUUCAAGUUUCUAAAUAUUUAGCUUGAAUGGGGUAAAAUCUAAGGCAAGGAUUAUAUUUUGAAUCUUUCUAGUUCCACUGACUGAUAGUUUCAAAACUCAAUCCAACUAAAGCUGAAACUAUUGUAAAUAUACUUCCUUGUUGUAAUUGUUUUUAACCUAUCAUAUAUUUUAUGUAUGGGAGUUUAUUAAAAACAUAGUAUUUGUUUGAUAUACAAAGUGACGUUAAGUUGGGUACCUACUCAUAAACCAGUACUGCUUAUUUUGUUUUUAUUUACUACAAAUAAAUACACUGCCUGUCAAAAACAACUGAAGAAUUUUAUUAGAACAGUUAAAUAACUCGAACUAGAAGAUUAGAAUUUAAAGAAUAUACUAAAGUUGUUACUAUUAAAGAUAUGUAUGAACAUCGAAAGUUAUAAGUAUGUAUUCAUUGAUUUUUCACUUUCAUUUCAAUUUCAAGAACUUUUUUAAAAAAUUUUAGCAGUGUACUACAACUAAUUCCUUAUCUUUAUGUUGAUUGUACUAUGUAUUGUUACCAAUAAUUAUAAUUAUUAUAUAAACAACUUAUAAUCACUUUGUAUAUGCUGUCGGUUUUUUUAAACCCUGCAUUGUUCGUAGGCAAAUACCCAAUGUGAAUGUAUUUUGGAUUGUUAUGGAGUACCUUAUCGUACCGUUUAUAUAAUAUAGUCAAACAGAUUCUAAACGUGUAUAUUUGUGAAGUCUUUAAAAAAAUACGAAGCUGGUCUUCAAUUAGGCAUCAUUUGGACCAUAAUAAUCGACUAUAUGAAAAGUUUUAUACCAAACAGCGUUUUUAAAACACAACUUGUGUAAAGAUGUCUGGACUGCUUAGUAUUUUUUUAUGGACUGCUUUAGGUUAGAUAGAUGAAAAACUUUUUGAAAAGUUUAGUAUUGAGAAUGAUUUGUAUAAAAUAAAACCACAUAGGGGCACCAAAAUGUUUUUAUGAGAUACACUCUUAUUGAAGAUACCAACAUUACCAUAUUGCUCAGAUGUUUGUUGUAUCAAUGUUUUUGUAUUUCACUAAAAAGUUAAUAUAAGAAAAUUUGGAAUACCUACGCCCUAUAUUCAAAGUUACCGACUUUUUGUACACUCUGACAUUAAUGUUUUAUAAUGUGCAAUUUUUUAUAAAAUAAGAACUGUAUUUGCUACGUAUAUAGAAUAUUUUAAAAUUUCUAUGUUUAAUUUUAUGACACCGAUUUAGGAAACCUAUAAAAGGUAUAUACAUAUGAAUGUAGUAAAUUAUGCGAACACUUUUUAAAAAUGUACAGUUUUCUAAUGUCUAAAUACUUUGUAUAAAACUAGAUAAAUAAUUUCUGACGAAAAUAUACUGGAUGUCCCAUAAAGUUAUUCCAACAUUUUUAACAGGAUCGCUUAUAUUCUGUAAGUUCUUUUAAAAUUCACGAACAAAAUAUAUGGAGUAUUUUAUUAAAUGCCUAAAUAUUUCAACUGUAGACUAUAAAAAAAUAUAUAUAAUCCAAUGUGCAUACUAUCUGUCAGUAUUAGUCCAUCCUCUUGCUAAUUCCCCACUAUUGAGAACAUACUUCGUUCUCUUGGCAAAGAUACAUCUUAUACACGAUAGAUAGCUCUAACAUCAGAGCUUAGAGGAGACCCUAAAAACUCCUUGCCACAUUUCAAAAGCCUCAAUUCUCUUGCACAUUGUUUCCGUGGGAGUCCAUGCUUCCAUUCCAUAGAACAAAAGCUGAACACAUAGCAGCAAUAAGCGUAUUCUUAGCGUAAUUUUUAGCUCUAUUUUGGCUAGUACCUUUUGCAUUUUCCUAAACGAUGAUUUCCUGUAAUAAGUCUCAUUUUUCAUUCACCCAGCAGCCUAAAUACUGUAUGCUUGUACUCUCUGUGCAAUGUCUCCAUUUAUUCUAAUACCUGCCAAGUUAUUAGCUAUAUUUUUGUUUUUGCUGAUGAUCAUCCAUUGGGAUUUCUUUAUGUUUAUUUUCAAACCCAUUUAUUGGUCGGUCACGGAAUGUGGAAGUGCCUGCAAAUCAUCCCUGUCCGUUGCUAGCAGAACUGUGUCAUCAGAGUAUCUCAGAUUGUUGAUGACUAUUUCAUUGGCAAUUAUACCCUCUGUUCUGUCUUCUACUGCUUCUCUGAAGAUCUUUUCCGUAUACAAAUUAAACAGAAGCGGGGAGAGCACGCAACCUUGUCGUAACUCCUUUCAGAAUAGGAAUUUCUUCAGAUGUCUGGUUGUUAAUUCUGAUGUCAGCUGUUUGAUUCCAGUACAAAUUGGUUAUUAUCCGAAUGUCUCGUCCGUCCCUUUUAAUAUACUUUCAUCCCUUUUAAAUUAAAUUUACUUGAAUUCACUGCUUUUCAUAGAUAAUGUUACGGGGUAUUAAACUAUUGAUUAAAACUUCUGCUUAAAUCUUCUAAUAAUACAUUCUGUAUCUCAGAACGAGGCAUACAUCGGUGUAAUUUGAGUUUAAUUAUCAUAUUAUUUUGACAUUAAAAUGGCAUGUUAAAAUAUUUAAACAUAUUAAUGAAACAUCCCGUUUCGAUCGAUGUUAGGCUUGUAAUUUUAUUUUAUUUAUCUUAGUUAUAACUUCACAAAGAUAUACAUUCCCCGACACAAAAUUCCGUUACUAAAUAUUUUUGAUUAAGUUUGACAAUUUAUACCUUUUUUAUUUGUACUCCUAUUUUCAAGAUUCUAGCAUCAGUUUGUAGGUAUAUGUAUUGACAUCGUUUGUUAUUAUUCUGAUAAUAAACGUGAAUAGAAGCGUUAUAUUUUCUCCUAACUUUAAAAAAUUCUGUGGAAAAAUUGAAGUGCUGAUUUUGUUUCAUAGUCCUUUCGUAUUAUCCCGGAGCAAUUCCUAAGAUUGUGUUUUUUAAAUUAUCCGAAUAUCUAUUUUCUUCUAAGAGCUGCACAGUUUUUUGUAAAUAAAAACACUGAUUGACUCAUAAGCAUGAAUAUCUUAAAUAGAGGUUGGAUUGCUAAGAUUGGAAUAGCCCGCAUGCAGCCCAGAUCUCAAUCCUAUCGAGCAUUUAUGGGAUGAAUUGAAAUAGCUAUUCGGCGUCAUCCUAGGCCUCCAGAAAAUUUGAUACAGUUAAGGUUGGCGCUGGUAGAGGAAUAUCGGGCUAUUCCCCUGGCAAGUAUAGCACAUCUUAUUCAUUCGAUGUCACAGAUUGCGAGCAGUAAUUUUAUUUAUAUAUAUAUAUACACCGUUCUUAGGCGUCAACGCCCUUCGGUAGGGAUCUAUGGAGGAGUAUCACCAAGCCGGAAGCCCUUAUCCCUUCCCGUACCGCUCCUCCAUAGGCCGAUCAGACGCCAGUUUAUUCCAGACCAAGCCGUAGACUCUAUUGAGUUUUAUACUACGGCGUUGGCCUUUUAAUAAUUUCUUGACCUGGCUGAGGCUCGAACCAUCGAUCGCAAACCACUAUACUUGUCGAUCGACUGCGCCUUUGCCAACUGGACCGUCUAGACCGACAGUAAUUUUAUUUACAGCUUUUAGAAUCUUAGGGAUGUCUCAUGUCUCAUGCCUCUAAGAAAGGACUAUGAAACAAAAUCAGCUCUUCAAUGUUUUCACAGAAUUUUUUAAAGUAAGGUGAAAAUACAACGCUUUCAUUCACCCCCGUCUAAGCAAAAAUUCUUUGUUACCGGAAUAAUAAAAAACAAUGUCAAUAUGCAGGAAAGGGUGUUCUAUUUGAAAUAACAAAGUUCGUUAGAUUUUCAGAAAAACGGAAGAUUUGACAACAAUGUAAUUACUACUAUAAUAUCGGCCGCAUUAAAAGACCCUUACCCACCAAAAUCUAUAAAAAUCGUUCUAGCGGUUUUCGAGAAAAUAGCGUGUUGCCAGACUUUCUCGCAACCCUGUAUGUACCUACAAAAUGAUGCAAGAAUCUUUAAAAUCGGACUACAUAUAAUAAAGUUAUAAAUUGCCAAAAAUAAUCAAAAAUUUUUAGUGGCGGAAUUUUGUGCCGGUGAGUGUAUAAUAAUAAUAUAAUAGCUUGGAAGAGCCAGUGUUUUUUCCGAAAAUACGAAAGGUAUUUGGCAAAUUAUUAGACUAAGUCACGGCACUUGAUAUAUUUGUGUAAGUAACCCACAGCUUGACAAGAUAAUUUUAAAUUUUUCGCUGAUGAUUGCAAGAUUGCCGCUGCAAAAGUUGUUUUUGUCUAUUUUUAUUAAUAAACAACCUCAAAACGAUUUUUGUGAAAUGGGAACAUGGGUCGGAUGUUAAAUCAAGUAGGUAUAAAUAUAUUUAAAAAUAAAGAUGCAUACAUAUUUUUCGGUAAAGAUAAUGUACCUAACUAUUUAUUUGUGGAAAUUAAAGAUCUAUAUAUCGUCGGUAUACUGCGAAAACCAGAUAAAUGACAAAUUUUAAAAUAUUGAGUUAAGUAUACCAAAAUUCUCAGCUUUUUACGCUCCACAUGCAGGUAAAACUCAGUAAAUGAUACGACUUACCAUUCAGCAGAUAAUUUGUGUAAUAAACAAAUAAGUUACACCUAACCAACUUUUAAUUUUCAAAUAAAACAAGAUAUCGCUACUUACUUCCAUAAAAUCAAAGUUCUGUUGCAUGUAAAACCAACUAAGCGCACAUUUAUAUUUGCCGGACAACAAUAUAUUUCUACUGCUGUAUAUCUACCAUAUUCAGUAAAAAGGUGAUAAGUGUCUUUAAUACAGUAUGAUUUAUUUUGAUUUACAGGUAAAACCAGGUAAGUGAUUCCACCUGGAUCUUAAAUUUAGGUUUAAUCAGCUAGGUAUCGUAGCUUUUUCAAACUAAUGAUAGAAUAUUAUUUCUGAUAUAUGCAUCUUUCACUAGCAUAUCGAAUAUCAAACACAACUGGUCUGCUUAAUUCAAAAUAAAGCACUAAAGUUUAAAAACGUUUUUUCUCGAUUUCGGUAUUUCGACAUUUACCUGGUUUUCGUAGUAUACCGACGACAUACCUACUGCAAAAUUGGAUUGCAAGUGUUUUGUUUUGCCAUCGAUUGCUUCCAAGUAGAAAUCAUAAUUAUUAUAGAGAUACUAGAAAUUAUAAUUUCACCAUGCUUCAAAAGUGGGCUUAACUUUUUAAACAGUAUAUUAAACAAAAUUCAAAAAUAUGAGUAUUUUCUUCGGUUAUUCUCAUGUAUCUCAGCAACGAUUGGUUUUCAAAAAAAUUUUAACAGAAAUAAAAGUUUUGAAAUUAUUUUUAGUGAAGAGGGUGAUUAUUUAUUAAAAUUGACAAAAACGAUCGAAGCGUAAAAGCUAAAAAUGUGAUAAAGAAUAAUUGUAAAAAAUACACAGAAAAAAAAACAACAGAAAAAAUCAUCAUCAUCAAAACUCACAAUUUGUAUAGUGUAUAGGUAUGUGAGCGUGAGCUGUCCAGAAUAUUCUGAAAAUAUGUUAAAUUAGAUAGAAGAUGUACAUAUGUAUAUUGGUAAACACAUGAAGUAAGGUAUUUUACUUAAAUUAAAUAGGUUACUAUUUCUAUAUUUCUCUGGCGUUAUCUAUUCCACAUACAUUUUAGGUGGAUCUGCUUAAUUUUUUCCAAAGGGGCAUAUCAUAUAUGUACAUUCAACAACAUUCAGGAGGUACAGGGUUAUUCACUAUAUUUUGACCCCCUGUAAGCUGCUUUAUUUACAGAAUUAGAAAAAAAUGUAAAAUACAAAAGUUAUAAUUUUUAAAUUAUGAUUUUUUGACAUAUAUCAUACUAGUGACGUCAUCCAUCUGAUGACGAUUACGUCAUCCAUCCGAUUACGUGAUGACGUAAUCGACUAUUUUUUAAAUGAGAAUAGGGGUCGUGUGCUAGCUCAUUUGAAAGGUUAUUCAAUUCUCUAUUCAGUAAUUCUGCUUUUCUGAGAAGCGUCUGUGUGUUUAACCCGGUCCAGUCGCGAAUGCUUUUCAGCCAGUAUAUUUAUCGUCUACCAGGACACCUUUUUCUUCGAUUUUGUCCUUCAUAAUCAGCUGCAACAACUUGUACUUAUCACUAAAUAUGUGCCCCAAUACGCUGUCUUUCUCCUUUUAAUGAUGGUAAAAAGUUCUCUGUUUCUUCCCAUUCUGUGCAACACCAUUUCGUUCGUAAUAUGAUCGGUCCAUGGUAUUUUUAAAAUUCUCUUAAAAGCCACAUCUGAAAAGCUUCCGGCUUUCUCAUUAAGUCAACAUUAGCACUCUUAGCUUCGGCACCAUAAAGGAGAAUAGAGUGAAUAUAACAUUUUACCAUCCGAUGUCGGAUUUGCAGAUUGAGUCUUUGGUUACUCAGAAAUUUCCUCAUCUUCAAAAAGGCUGCUCUUGAUUGCUGUAUUCUUGAUCGAAUUUCUGAUUUCGGAUUUAGAUCGUCUGUAAUCCAGACUCAUAAGUAUUUCAUUUUGUCCACUUGUUCAAUAUCUUCAUUUUUAUCUGGAUCCUUGUUAUGACUUUACCCCUCUUACUGAUAAGCAUGGUUUUUUAUGUUUAUUGUUAAACCAAACUAUUCCCCAGUAUCACAAAUUGUAAGGCAAAGUUUUCAACCUAAUAGAAACAUUAAUAAUAUUGAAAAAUAUUAAAAAUAUUACUAAAAGAUUUUUAAUUCAAAACUUAUUGGUCCAUUUACCUGGUAACACCUCCAUGGCUUCUAAAAAUUGCAAGCCAGAUGGAUGCUGAAGCGAAGAAGACAAGAGGGAUCUUCUUGCAAUUUUUAGAAGCCAUGGAGGUGUUACCAGGUAAAUGGACCAAUAAGUUUUCAAUUAAAAAUCUUUUAGGAAUAUUUUUAAUAUUUUUCAAUAUUAUUAAUGUUUCUAUUAGGUCGAAAACUUUCCCUUUCAGUUGCCAGAUAACGCUAGUCACCUACUCCAUAAACGUCAGUUGCAAUGCGGGGAUAAGCUUUCGUAGUUUUGUCACUUCGGGCAGAGAGUAGCAAACCUACACCUCUCUGAUGAUGACUCCAAAUAGAGUCGAAAAUCGUCGAUUUAUAGUGCUGGUUUGCGCUCACUGUUCUAAGUGAAAAAUAAGACGGUUUUGCCUUAGCAUUGCAACUGAAUAAAAAUGGAAUUUUUAUUUUAUUUUCACAAAUUGUGUUUAGUAGCGUAUACAGGUCUUUCUCACUUUCAGCGGUAAUGACUGUAUCGUCGACAUAGCAAUGUUAUUUAUAGGGAGCGGAUUUAUAUUCGAUCAAUUUUGAUGAAAUAUGCGCAUAUAUAUGCAGUAAAGAAUUACGAAAUAUGCGCAAGAUAUGCACAAAAAUUCAAAAAAUGCGCAUUUCGAGAAACCACAAAUUUUAUGUUCUAUUCUAGGGGUUUUAUGCGAUAUAGGGGGGGCGGCAAUCUUAUUUAUUAUCUUUCAAAUAAAAUCAUUAUUUUUUAUAUAUGCAAUUUAUUCGCAUUUUUUACAAAAAAUGAUACCUAAUAGUUACCUAUUUAAAAUAAAAUAACAAUACCACUAUAUAUUAUAUCUUCGAUUAUAAUUCACUACAAUAUGUUUUUCCAAAUUUUUUACGAGGAAACAUUUUCUUUGAUCAGAUAAAAUAUUUUUAUAACUUGAAAAACUCAUUUCAACAUCAACAGAAGUAAUUGGGGGGUAUUUAAAAUAACUUGUUAAAGCCGAAAAUUCUGCACCAAAAUCAAUUUCAAAAUUUCCAUUAAAAAUUUCGCAUAUGUCCUCCAAAGUUUUAAAGCCGUUUAAAGACGGGAUCUGAUCGAAAGCAUGACUAUUUCAAUUUCCGUUAGAAAAUCGUAAAACUAUGGUUAAAGGUGUAAAUUCUCUUAACAAUAGGGGAUUUAAAAGAAUCACCAGAAUUAUAGGUACCUACUAAAUUGGGAUACAAAUUGUACUAAAUAUAAUAAAACUAAAUAAAAUUCGUAUUUCCCGGUAAACCAUCCUUCAUCAUUUUAACAUCCUACAAUCAUUUUAUAACGGCGUACUAUAAGCACUAUAAGUACUUUUUGUAAAUAUCGGGUAUUUUCUAAGAAAAAAUGAAAAGGCAGUGAAUGAGCCGUCUCUCUUCAGGUAGUUCUCGAAUUAAUAGAACAGCCUGUCCGGGGAAAUAUUUUGUGUCGAAUUAAAAAAAAUUGAAGUUUUUGUUUGGACUUGAAUGUUUUUAAAUGGGCACAAAAUAUGCAUAUUUCUUUAAAAAUAUGCAAAAUUUAGUAAAGUUCUCAAAUAUGCGAAAUAUGCAUGCAAUAUGCAUUUAGCAUAAAAUCCGCUCCUUAAUUUAUAUUUUCACCAUGCAUUGUGUUGCCUAACUUUAUUUUUUGUCUUAUUACUAUUCGUUUUUAUAUCUCAGCAUUUCAGAAUAUUUGGACGACACCUCGUAUAUCGUUUUACUGUACAUGGUAAUAGAUCAAAUCGAAAGUAGGAAUUAAUGAAUAAAAAUAUCGUAGUCGUUCCCAGUGAAUGCUUUGUAUACACCUAUCGUGCAAUUUAGAUACAAGAAAAUUAUAACGAUGUUCUUUUCGAAUGGACAAAUAAGUACAAGUUACUCGUGCUUAUAGUGAACGUUAUUCUUUCGCACCGAUAUCUCAUUAUGAUGCUUUUCAUUAAUUAAUUAUAUUAAUUACAUUAAUGGAUGCCAUUGAAGCAUUUGGUCUUGUGUGUAGUACACUUACUUAUCAUGUAUCAUGUCAGUAAUUACGUAGACUCGUUUUCUAAGUAAUUGUAAUGUAUACACAGCUGCUCUCACAGAAGAAAAGGAAAAUUUCUUAUUUGACAUAAACACAUAUUUAUAUGUAUGUGUUUCAUUAUUGUUUAAUGUUCGAAUGUUCCUAUUAGUAGCGUUACGGCUGGCAGCUAAAUGGUGUUAAGUGAUAUUUGAAGCCAUAAUAAACUUAAACAAACUAAUGGAAAGAGAGAGAAAAUAUAUUAAAGAACCUUUCAUAAAACAUAUGGUCGAUACUUUAAAAAAUUACGAAGUCGCCAAGAAACUGGCAGAACUAAGCUUAAGUACCUUUCUUAUAUACUGCCAUUUCAGUCGAAUCUAAAAUAUGUAACAUGUUAAAUGUUGGUCGAUUUAAAUUUACAAAAUUCGGUUCUUUAGUUUUGUACGUUUUGUAGGUCUAUUCGGCGGUGAAGGAUUUACGAGGGGAUAGGGGAAAUUUCCCUCCGCAAGAACUUAAACCACAGAAAGACAAAUUCAACCCAAUAAACCCGCUAGUUAGGAAAAUUAAGGGAACUUAAUGCAUACAAAUUAUGUCUUCGAAGUUCACCCCUUCCCCCAAGCAAAUGUCUAGAUUACCCCCACUGUAUUAACGAAGUUAAAACCAUCUACCAUCAAAAUGGGAUAUCACAAGUGGUUAAAGAUAUGACUUCUAUCAAAUGAGCUGUACCCGCGCAGAUUAGAUUAAAAUUUUGUACAGAGACCAUGUUAAAGAUCAUAUCAGUGCGAAAAAAUAACAAGCUUGUUAAAUUCUAAAAAUUAGCUAUUAUCAAACCAAAGGUGCUCACGUCAUAUAUACAUAAAAGCGAUAUUUUUAUUUUUUCGAUCACUUUUGUAGGGGGGGGGUCCGCAGAUUUUUACUAAAUUUUAGUAUAUUAUUGUACCUUAAAAAAAGGUACACGACAAUUAGACCGAAAUCAUUAGACCGAAAGCAGUAGACCGAAAAGCACUUUACCGAAACCUCACUAGACCGAACAGCAUUAGACCGAAAUGGUAAAUAAAUUUAAAAAGUUUGCAGUAAAUUAUGGUAAGAUUUUGUAUAUCUGCCUUUUUGUUUAUUGUAUUUUUUUGUACAUAUUAUUUUAUAUAUAGACUGUGUAAAUUGUUACUCUGUACAGUCUGAUGAAAUAAUUUUCAUCCGUUAAACAAAUUAGUGAAGGUAAAAAUAAAUUAAGGGUAGAGUGACGUUAACACCAUUUUAACUGUUUAUAAUAACCAUCCAAAUAAGAUUUAGUUGUAAUUAUAUUAGUCUUAUCUCUUUUACUGCGACAAGUAAAAAGAACUGCUUUUCGGUCUUCUGCUGUUCGGUCUAGUGAGGUUUCGCUAAAGUGCUUUUCGGUCUAAUGAGUUCGGUCUACUACUUUCGGUCUAAUGAUUUCGGUCUCUUUACAGUAAACCUAAAAAAAGUAGCCUACAGCUAUUUUUUAAGUCCUCUAGGGGUAACCGUGGGCCUAAGUUAUGCCCCUUGACAGGAUCAAAAAUACCUUUUUACCCUAUACAUAAUUGAAGAGUAUUUAUGAGCUCAGUGAACCGAUUUAACGCACAAUGUGUCAUUUUUCUUGUUAUAAUGUAACUUUUUGAUGAAAUAAUUUGCAAAACCACAAAAGAUAGGUUUUAUGUUUAGGUUAAGAAGCACGAAAAGAAAACUUCUAAACGAGAAAACAAAAUGUAGGAAGUGGAAAAUGAAAGGGUUUUUAAAUACACUAAGCAUCAAAAUUAACGCACCACCUUAAAAAUGAGACAUUUUUGAUGUCUCGUAUUUCCUAAACCUGUAGUCCGAUUUUUUUAGUAUACUAUAGCUUUAUUCUUCAAGAAUAUCGAUAUAAUAAUAGUAUUGCUAAACAGGUAAGUGUCAUUGUAUACCGGGGGUAACAAUGAUAGUGUGUUUUUUCCUCAAAAUUUGGAACACCCUGUGGAAUAUUCUAGCGUAUAUAAAAUAUUGAAAUUAAAACUCAACUGUAGUCUUGGGCAUUCUUAACAUUCAUUCGCUUAUGUGGGAUCAUAAAAAAGUUAGGUGCUUUAACAACUAGCCACGUUAUUCAUCAAUUCAGGGUGUUUCUAAAUAAGUGCGACAAACGAGGUAAUUCUGCAUGAAAAAAUAAUGACCGUUUGCUUUAUAAACAUAUGUCCACAACAGUGGCGACGCGUGACUUUUUCUAAAGUGUUACCAAAACCAGAUAUUAAAUAAAUAUAUAUGAUACCAGAUAUAUUAUAUAUUAUCUAUAUGUAUAAUGUAUUUUAUAAAUAUUUUUAUAUAUACAGUGUUCCCAUACAUCAAAGUUUGUUCGACUAGACACCGUGAAUUUUCAGCUUGCUAUUAAUCAACUUUUUUUUGGUACGCGCGAUCCAGGUCUAUUAUAAAAAUAGAUGAAAUAAAAUUAAAAAAUUAAAAAUUUAAGAAAUUAUAUAAAGUAUCUACAAACUAAAAACAUAUUUGUUGUUUUUAGGUAAAAUAUGUAUUAUAUCACCUUUAUACUUUAUUAAAAAAUCCAAAUUGUAUAAUUAGUAUACUAAUCAGUACAUUCAUUUGUCAUUUUUAGCCUAAAAUAUUAAAUAAUUUUUAUUUUAUUGAUUAUACACUACAAUGUACUGUAUAAUCAAUAUUAUUAUAUGUCAUAUUAUAAUAAUGUUGUUGUUAAUUAAUAUAUUUCGACAAGUAAUUAAAAUCGAUUAAUAUGAUUUAUAUAGGAUAAAAAGGUAUAGAUAUAUUAUGUGUAUAAUAAGCAAGUACAGUUACAAGUUAUAAACUAAUAAUUAAUAAUGCAUAUUAUGCAAUAAUCGAAUCCAAAGGGCCGGUACGGUUAACUAACCGGAGUUUAAUCGAGAAAAUACCGGCCCUAAGAAUAACAGACUUCAUAAAUGGAAUUAUAAUUAUUACCUAUAAUUAUAAUAAUAAUUAAAAUUGCAUUUAUUAAGUCUGAUAUUCUUACGGUCGGUAUUUUCUGUCCCGAUAGACACCGGCCCUACUUAGCGUCACCAAAUUAAAAUUUGGUAACACCAAUACGCGGUUUCAGAGCCAUCGUCCCCGCAAAAUUUUCAGAGACGAUCCAGUCAAAGAUCCUACUAUCGUUGCCACUCACAGAAGUGGUAAACGGCGCGGCGCACGGUAAGGGCACAGUAUAAUAAAUAUGGAACCUCUUUAUACUGUGGUAAGGGCGUAUUAUAAUAACGUGCAACCGAUUUUACAUAAACUCACUGAUAUUUUCGUGCGUCUAGUUGGCUAUUUUACUGAAUUAGGUAGAUACUAUUAACAAAUAUUUCUAUUUUUAAAAAAUAUAAAUGGAAUUAUUUCAUAGUAGUCAUAAAAUAUUUAUUUACAAAUUUUAACUGUUACCAAUGGUAACAAUGGUUACAUGGACGCUUCGCCAGUGGUCCACAAACGCUUCGUUUCCAAGAUACGGGAUGUUGAAUUUUUUCUUACAAACUGACGAUUUAUUUAUUGCUCUAAAACAGGUUGAGAUAUGCAAAUUAAAUUUGGUAGGUUUUAAGAGGUAGUUAUUACGCAUUUUUUGGCAUACAAUUAAGAAUUUUAUAUUCACCAUUGGCGUGCAUACGAGAUGUAUCUAAAAUGUUUAUACCCUUAGCACGCCAAUGGUGAAUAUAAAAUUCUUAAUUUUAUGUCAAAAAAUACGCAAUAACUACCUCUUAAAAACUACCAAAUGUCAUUUGCAUAUCUCAAAUAGUUUUAGAGCAAUAAAUAAAUCGUCAGUUUGUAAGAAAAAAUUCAACAUCCCGUAUCUCGGAAACAAAGCAUUUGGGGACAUAUGUUUAUAAAGAAAACGGUCAUUAUUUUUUCAUGCAUAAUUACCCCUUAAAGUUUGUCGCACUUAUAUUUAAAAACACCCUCUAUUGAUGAAUAACAUUGCUAGUUGUUAAAGUACCUAACUUUUUUAUUAUCCAACAUAAGCGAAUGAAUCAAAAAGCAGAAUGUUAAGAAAGCCUAUUGCUACAGUUGAGUUUAAAUUUAAAUAUUUUAUAUACGCUAGAAUAUUCCACAGGGUGUUCCAAACUUUGAGGAAAAAAUGAACUAUCAUUGUUACACCCGGUAUACAAUGACACUUACCUCUUUAGCAAUAAUAUUAUUAGGUCGAUAUCCUUAAAGAAUAAAGCUAUAAUACUGAAAAAGUCACUCAAAUCGGACAACAGGUUUAUGAAAUACGAGACAUCAAAAAUGUCCCAUUUUUAAGGUGGUGCGUUAAUUUUGAUGCUUAGUGUACCUUUCGAACAAGUUUUUUCAUGACAAUCACAAAUUUCAUUAAAAAUUAGGUGAAGGUAGAAGGUAGUUUUAUAUGUAUACAACAAUCUCUACUGACUGAAUUUCUUGGCCCGAGCCUUUAACUAUUUUUUUGACCGCCUAAAAUUGAGCUUUUUGCUUCAUUAGUAAGAAAACACACGUUGUCGUUAAGGAUUUCUCUCAUCUGUUUGGUUACUCUGCAGUAUUAGUACUCAACUGAUUAUUAAAAUACAACCUAAAUUUUAAGCGUUUAUGGAAGCCUUUAGAUGGCCGAGAACUAAAGUUAUGGGCAGUUUUAAUUUUAACUUUAAUCUGACGUAUCAAAUACGUUUAUUCGUUAUUCGUCUUUCCGUAGGUUAUCUUAUGGAGUGACGCAUACUUGUUCGCUUUAUACUGCCAGCAGUACUAGCGUUCACGUAUUUAAUCCAUCAGAUUAACGUUAAAAUUAAAACUGCCAUAACUUUGGUUCUCGACCACCUAAAGGCUUCCUUAAACGCUUAAAAUUUAGGUUUUAAUAGUAAAUUUUAAUAAUUCGUUUAGUAAUAGGUAUUGCAGAAUAAUCAAACAAAUAAAAAAAAUCAUUAAUGACAAUGUGUGUUGACGUACUUUAUGAAGCAAAAGCUCAAUUUUUAGGCGGUCAAAAAAACGUCAGAAAAAAGUGCUAUCAGUUUGCAAAGGAUAAAAAGGCGAUUUUCGAAAAACUGGCUAUUUUUAAACCGCUAUUAUGUUCGUAUAUACUAAUAUACUAGAUGGAUUUUAAUUUACGAAUGCUCGUUGGAAUGGUAUUUAAAAACUCUUUCGUUUGCCGGUUUCGACAUUUGUUUUCCUCGUUUAGUUAAAUUUUGACAAUUAUUUGAAAUUCACAAAAUUUUUGUUUUCUUUUCGUUCAUCUUAACCUAUAAAACAAAACGUUUUUUUUCGAUUGUUAACAAGAAAAAUAAGACCUUACGCGGUUAAAUCGGUCCACUGUAAAGCUCAGAAUGUAAAGAGCUCAGAGAUAUAGGUCUUCAAAUAUGAGGUAAAAAGGGGUAUUUUUGGACUUUUCGAGGGGCAGAUCUUAGGAACCGGCUAAAAAUAGCUUUAAGCUACUUUUUUUUAAGGUAAAAUAAUAUACAAUUUGGAAAAAAAUCUGCUGACACCCUCCUACAAAAAUGAUCGAAAAGUAAAAAUAUUGCUCAUAUAUAAAUAUAAAUUCAUGUUAAAUAUUUAUCGCUAUCACUUCGUACUAAUUGUUCACUCUAAUGUACAUGUUUCUUCAACUUUACCAGCUGAUCGUAUUAGCACUACGUUAUUGACCAAUUGUAUAAGAAUCGCUUUAUAUGAAUAUAAAAGCCUGUGUAAACUAUAAUAUUAAUCUAGUUAUACUGAUUGUAUUGCCCUGUUUGUAAUUUUUUAAUAUCGUUGUUUUCUGUUUUACUUGUAUAGUUAAUAUCUUAGACAUAUAUAUUGAAUUCUUGUUAAAAGACUCGCCAUGUUUGUAUAAGUAAUUCUUGUAAAUAUGUACCUAAAUGUACUAUAUUAUUUCUAUUAAAUCUCGUUUGUUUUUUAA